AUGGCCGCCAAAUUUGCUAUCAAGUCUUUAGACCACCUGGUCUUGACAGUCCGGUCCAUCCCCGCCUCCGUCGCAUUCUAUACAAGCCACCUGGGGAUGAAACACGAAGUCUUCUCUUCACCUAGCAGUCCAGACAUUCAACGACAUGCCCUUCUCUUCGGGUCCCAGAAAAUCAACCUGCACGAGAGCGGGAAGGAAUUCGAACCUAAAGCCCAGAAUGUCAUGCCAGGAAGCGCAGACCUCUGCUUUCUGACGGACACUAAAGUGGAGAAUGUUCUGAAAGCACUCGAGGAAGCUAAGAUCGACGUCCUCGAAGGUAACGAAGUCGUGGAACGCACGGGUGCGGUGGGGAAGAUCCGGAGCGUUUAUGUGCGCGAUCCGGAUGGCAACUUGAUUGAGAUCUCGAACUACUGUUAA